AUGUCAAGACUCGCGCGGCCGCGGCGAUACGAGCGAGCCGUGCACCUCGUCGACACCAAGCAGUGCUCGUCAUCCUGCCUCGAUGGUGCCUGGACGCCCUCGCGAAGCUGCACACAUCCACAACAGAUCCCUUCUCUUCGCGCCCAAACCUUCGCAGAACGCGGCGAAUCCGCCGCAUGCAUUGGACGUCGCGAACCGGGCCUCCCGCCGCCUUGCACGGCCGCGUGCGCACUCGUACGCGUGCGCAUCGCGGUGCGCCUCGACGCCUCCGUCCAGGGCCUCCAGGGCGCGAGGAAACCAAGUCGGACGGGCGCGGACCGCGUCGGCGCGCACAGGACUUCGAUAGCGGGGCCGGAGACGUCGGGAUGGAGAUGGCCCUGCGCCAGGAGGACGACCCGUGGCCGUGGCGGCGACGAAGGGCGGCAGGCGCGUCUGGGGAGUAAGCUGUCCCCACACCCGACGCCGUCGGGAGGGCGGUGA